AUUCUAUUAGACUAGCAAUAGUAUUAGAGUAAAGGUAAUGACUCAAAUUGCAACAAGUACCUUUUAAAAUUCGAAAAUAGAAUAAUGUUGGAUCAAGAGCAACAAAAUUAGCAUUUAUAGGAGAUAAUUUCUUUGUGAAACUUGAGAUUCUCAGAUAUUGAUAAAUAUCAGGAGUCUAAUCCAACUAUUGCAUUUUAAUCAUCAAUUUGUCUUAUAAUAAUUUGUCACAACAACUGGUUAGAAUAUUUAUUCUUUAAUUGGAACUGAAGUAUGGUACAAUGAUAAUGGAUUGAACAAGAAAGCAAC